UCCCCGUCCCCGGCGCCCUCCGGGCAGGUGUACCGGCUCCGGCUCUCUCGGGUUGUCCGAGCCCUCCCCAGCCUCAGCGGUCACCCCCACCGCCGGGAGGGAGAGCGUGGCUCUCCCACAGCCUCUGCUCUGCAGGGAGGAGGGCCGGGUGCCCUGUCUCCUGGGGCUCCUGCUUUGGGGGGCAUCUUGGGCUUGCCAGACAGUGGGAGCCCUGGGUUCAGCCAGCUUUUUUUUCUGGGCCUCAGUUUCCCUAUCUGUCAAAGGGGCUCAUGAAGCCUGGGGUGAGGGGGGAGUCCUGCAGGUGAAAGCACUGCAUGCCCCAUGACCUGCAGAAACCUGGAGGGUCCUCCAAGUGUUUCUGUCUGAGGACCCAGGAGGGCUGAGCCUGGCACCCUGUCGCGCUCCCCUGGAGGCCGUGGGGAGGCCCCCUGCAGUCACUUUCCUGCCUGGCACCUGUCAGCAGGAGGGACUCAGGCGACAUCGAGCUCCUCCUCCACGCCACAAAGGGUUUCAUCUGUCUUGUGCAGAUGAGGAGACCAAGGGCCAGUGAGAGGAGGCUCUGGCUGGAAGCCCAAGCUGGGGACCUGGGGGACACCUGGGGCCUCCAGGAUCCUGCAGAGCACUUUGACCCAGUGGGUGGCUCCCCCAGUGGGUUAGAGGGCCCUAGGCUGACCCAACCGGGCUGCUGGUCGCCAGCUGGGGGAGAGGGCCUGUGGCCAGGCUGGGGCCGCGACAGGCAGUGUGUCCAGUCUGUACAAGGAGGAAAGAGGACAGGCGGCGUUUGCUUUUGUCGGGGGGAAACCAAAGCCUGAAUGGCCGGUCCUGAGGCUGCUUGGCUGCAGACAGGGUCUGGGCUUGCGCCCAGAACACGCAGGGGCACACGGGUUGGCACACACGUGGCCAGAGGCUGGCUCUGCCCCAAGCCUCUGUCUGUUCCACAGAGGAGCUCUGAAGCCGGCCCGCGUGGGCCCGGGCCUCAGUUCUGCCUUCGCCUCAGUGGGGGCAGCUCAGUGGGCCUCAGGGGCGCAGGCCGCAUCCCGUCCCCUGUUGCAAGGCUGUUUGAUGCCCCGGUCAGAGCGGCAGACGUCACAGGUGUCUACAUGCUUCAGCUCAUCAACAACCAGGACAGCGACUUCCCGGGCCUGUUCGACCCGCCAUAUGCAGGGGGCGGAACAGGGGGCACAGACCCCACCAGCCCCGAUGCCAGCUCCCCAGGCAGCCUGUCCCCACCUCCUUCCACGAUGGGCUCCCCACUUGAAGGCUUCCUGGGGGGGACCAAGGCAACGCCUCCACCCUUGUCCCCUCCCCAGCCUGCACCCACCCCCCUGAAGAUAUACCCAUCUGUGCCGGCCUUCUCCCCGGGGCCUGGUGUCAAGGAGGAGCCAGCGCCCCCGACCAUCCUGCAGGCCCCCACCCCCCAGCCCCUGCCGGGGGCUCUCCUUCCCCAGAGCCUUCCGGUCCCGGCCCCGCCGCCGUUCAGCUCUGCCCCUGUGUUGGGCUAUCCCAGCCCUCCUGGAGGCUUCUCCGCAGGGACCUCUCCGGGGAGCACCCCGCAGUCACUGCCUGGCCUGCCUCUGGCUUCCCUGCCAGGGGUCCCGCCUGUCUCCUUGCACAACCAGGCCCCGAGUGUGGUCCCCCAGCAGCUGCUGACGGCCACAGCCGCCCCCACGGCAGCCCCUGGAACAACCGCUGUGACCUCACAGAUCCAGCAGGUCCCGGUCCUUUUGCAGCCCCACUUCAUCAAGGCAGAUUCGCUGCUCUUGACGACCGUGAAGACAGACGUGGGAGCCUCCGUGAAGGCGGCGGGCAUCCACUCCCUGGCCCCUGGCACGGCUGUGCAGGCCGCGUCCUUGCAGACCCUGGUGAGUGGCGGAACCAUCCUGGCGACUGUGCCGCUGGUAGUGGACACAGACAAGCUGCCCAUCAACCGGCUGGCAGCCGGGGGCAAGGCCCCGGGCUCGGCCCAGAGCCGCGGUGAGAAGCGUACGGCCCACAAUGCAAUCGAGAAACGCUACCGCUCUUCCAUCAACGACAAGAUCGUCGAGCUCAAGGACCUGGUGGUGGGCACAGAGGCCAAGCUGAAUAAGUCUGCUGUCUUGCGUAAGGCCAUCGACUACAUCCGCUUCCUUCAGCAGAGCAACCAGAAGCUCAAGCAGGAGAACCUGAGUCUGCGCACUGCUGCCCACAAAAGCAAAUCUCUGAAGGACCUGGUGUCGGCCUGUGGCAGUGGGAGCAGCACAGACGUGCCCAUGGAGGGCGUGAAGCCGGAGGCGGUGGACACCCUGAGCCCACCACCCUCAGACGCCGGCUCACCCUCCCAGAGCAGCCCCUUGUCCCUUGGCAGCAGGGGCAGUAGCAGUGGUGGCAGUGGCAGUGACUCGGAGCCUGACAGCCCCGUCUUUGAGGACAGCCAGGCGAAGCCGGAGCAGCCGCCGCGCCCGCACAGCCGGGGCAUGCUGGACCGCUCCCGCCUGGCCCUGUGCGCGCUCGUCUUCCUCUGUCUCUCCUGCAACCCCUUGGCCUCCCUGCUGGGCAGCCGGGGCCCUGCAGGCCCCCCUGAGGCCACCAGCGUCUACCGCGGCCCUAGGCGCAGCAUGCUAGGUGCCGAGGGCAGAGAUGGCCUCGGCUGGGCCCCGUGGCUGCUGCCGCCGCUGGCCUGGCUGCUGAACGGGCUGCUGGUGCUGUUCUCCUUGGCGCUUCUCUUUGUCUACGGAGAGCCAGUCACGCGGCCCCACUCAGGCCCCGCCGUGCACUUCUGGAGGCAUCGCAAGCAGGCCGACCUGGACCUGGCCCGCGGCGACUUCGCCCAGGCCGCCCAGCAGCUGUGGUGGGCCUUGCGGGCCCUCGGCCGGCCGCUGCCCACCUCGCACCUGGAUCUGGCCUGCAGCCUGCUCUGGAGCCUCACCCGCCACCUGCUGCAGCGGCUCUGGGUGGGCCGCUGGCUGGCGGGCCGGGCGGGCGGCCUGCGGAGGGACGGGGCCCUGCAGGCGGACGUCCAUGCCAGCGCCCGCGACGCGGCCCUCGUCUACCACAAGCUGCACCAGCUUCACACCAUGGGGAAGUACGCGGGGGGGCACCUCGCAGCCGCCAACCUGGCGCUGAGCGCCCUGAACCUGGCCGAGUGCGCAGGGGACGCCGUGUCUGCGGCCACGCUGGCUGAGAUCUACGUGGCCACUGCGCUCAGGGUCAAGACCAGUCUUCCCCGGGCUUUGCAUUUUUUGACACGCUUCUUCCUGAGCAGUGCCCGCCAGGCCUGCCUGGCGCAGAGCGGCUCAGUGCCUCUUGCCAUGCAGUGGCUCUGCCACCCUGUGGGCCAUCGUUUCUUCGUGGACGGGGACUGGGCCGUGGGCAGCGCGCUGCGAGACAGCCUGUACAGUGUGGCCGGGAACCCAGUGGACCCCCUGGCCCACGUGACCCAGCUGUUCCGCGAACACCUCUUGGAGCGAGCCUUGAAUUGCGUGGCGCAGCCCAGCCCCAGCCCUGGGUCAGCCGAUGGGGACAGGGAAUUCUCAGAUGCCCUCGGGUACCUGCAGCUGCUGAACAGCUGUUCCGACGUGGCCGGGGCUCCUGCCUGCAGCUUCUCCAUCGGCUGCAGCAUGGCCGCCACCACCGGCACAGACCCGGUGGCCAAGUGGUGGGCCUCGCUGACGGCCGUGGUGACCCACUGGCUUCGGCGGGACGAGGAGGCGGCGGAGCGGCUGUACCCGCUGGUGGAGCACCUGCCCCGCGCCCUGCAGGAGUCCGAGAGACCCCUACCCAGGGCGGCUCUGCACUCCUUCAAGGCUGCCCGGGCCCUGCUGGGCCGUGGGAAGGCGGAGUCCGGCCCAGCCAGCCUGGCCCUGUGUGAGAAGGCCAGCGGGUACCUGCAGGACAGCCUGGCCACCACACCAGCCGGCAGCGCCAUUGACAAGGCCAUGCAGCUGCUCCUGUGUGACCUGCUCCUUGUGGCACGCACCAGCCUGUGGCAGCGGCAGAAGCCACCGGUGCCCGCCCAGGCCUCGCAGGGCCCGGGCGGUGGGGCCCAGGCCUCUGCCCUCGAGCUGCGUGGCUUCCAGAGGGACCUGAGUGGCCUGCGGCGUCUGGCGCAGAGCUUCCGGCCUGCCAUGCGGAGGGUGUUCCUACACGAAGCCACCGCCCGACUGAUGGCAGGGGCCAGCCCAGCGCGGACGCACCAGCUCCUGGACCGCAGCCUCCGGAGGAGGGCCGGGCCCUGCGGCAAAGCAGGCGCGGCGGCGGAGCUGGAGCUGGAGCCGCGGCCCAGCCGGCGGGAGCGGGCCGAGGCGCUGCUGCUGGCGUCCUGCUACCUGCCGCCCGGCUUCCUGUCGGCGCCCGGGCAGCGCGUGGGCAUGCUGGCCGAGGCGGCACGCACGCUCGAGAAGCUCGGCGACCGCCGGCUGCUGCACGACUGCCAGCAGAUGCUCAUGCGCCUGGGCGGCGGGACCACCGUGACCUCCAGCUAGGCCCCCGCGGGCGGCCCCGCGCCAGCGCCCCGUCUCCGUCUCCACGGCCGAGGGCGGCGCCGGAGACCCGGGGCCCAGGGCUCGCCCGCGGACUGCGCGGCCCCGGGGGCGCCGGAGACCCUCUGCACGGGCGCCCUUGGCCGCAGGGCCCCCGCGCGGUGCCGGCCCCCGGUGGCCGGCCGGGGGGGGGGGGGGGGGCCUGGCCGCCGCCGGGCCGCCCGCUUCGCGCGGGACCCGUCCUCGGUUUUCCCUCGGUCCAGAGGGGCCGGGCGUGCGUCCCAGCGAGCCCUGCCCCCGGCGCCUCCCUCGCACAGGGGAGACCUGUGCAUCAGGGUGCGCCAGCCUCCUGGCCUCUGAGGCUCAAGUGUUAACUUUGCCUUUUGCAAACUUUAUUUUCAUAGGUUGAGUUUUGUACAGAGAAUAAAAAAUGAACUUAUUUAUAAUCUGGAUGUCGCUCCUUUGGGGGGGGGGCGUGCUGACCAGAGGGGAUCCUUUGGGCUGUCCGUCCCCCCAGCACCCAGGCAAAGGCUUCCCGUCCCCACCUGCCCGUCGGUGUUUGGGGAGGCCCGGCUUUAUUCCCUCCAGCUGACCUGGGUCCCGCUCACCACUGGGCGGCACGUUUGGGCUCAAUCAUCUCCUAACCCUUAGAGCCCUUAUGGUCUUAGCGGUUCCUUCUUGCCUCCCCUCCCAGCUUCUAGGCGCUUCAGGUCCCAGGAUGACAGGGGAGGACAGCUCCAUGUCUUUAAGGAUCUGUCAUGACAGCAGGAGCCACAGCCUGGGUCUCACCUGCCUGAGCCCUGUCCCCUGGACGGCUAUCCCCUCGCCUGGGGUUAAGCAGGUGUGGCUCAGCACCAGGGGCGUCUUUCCCGUCCCUGCAGGAACGUCCCCAGAGCCCUCCCCUCCACCCCAACCCCUCCCCC